AUGUAUCCUAUACCCUGUCACCUCUCGCCAUCCCUCGUCGUCGUCGUCGUCGUUAGCAGCAAGCGGGUGCUUGCUGCCACAGACGACACGGAAAGCUUAGAUCUGUCCGCGGAUUCGACCAACCCUGUCUUCCGUUUAACAGCUGUUAACGGACAGAGCCAGACAACCCCAGUCGGAGACCUUCCUAUCGCGACAAUACCAUCUCUGAGGCGCUCAGUGACUCCAGGGGCUUCAGGCCUCCAGGCUGCUCCCUCGCUCGGAUUGCCGCCGUCCCGAAUCCCCUCCCCGGCUCCUAGCAACUACGGUGCCGCCAGCAGUUUGGUCUCUCUUCCAUCGUUACCCAAGUACCACGCUGAAUCUGAUUCCCUCUCCUCAUCUCCGGAACACAGGAAAACUGAUAGCAGCGUUUACUACACUACGGCCUGGGGCUCACCGUAUGCGACUCCGAGUCCCAAGCGACAUCCCUCGUCUUUUCUGAGAAAUCGUCGACGGGAAGAAGGAGGUUAUAGCAAUAACACUAACAGCGAGGAAGAUUCUCCUUCGUCCACGAAAAGUACCCAUUCUAAUUCAAGAAAGAUAAGUGGUAGCAAUCACAAAGGUUCCGUAAAACCGUCCUCCUCGCGCGUCUCAAGGCGCUUCUACGGGUCCAUCGGCCGAGGCGCGGCAAGGGGCCGACAGGGGAAUCCUAUCAAGGAUUUUACGGAAGAGUGGAUCAAUCAGUAUCUGUCCGGACAGCCGCGAACAGAGCGCACAAACUGGUUAAGUGACGACUCAGCGGAUAGUGGCACGGGUUCAUUUCUGACUGCCAGAAAUCACCUGAGCGAGGACCAGUCUGAAGGUUGGCUUGGUCUUGAGGACGAUUCUCAGGACGAAGACCUCCUCAAAACCCCCACGUCGCGCAGCUUUGGUAGAAACAAGUCCAAGGACUUGCUUCUUCCUCGGGACAACGGCCGUCCGCCUCGAUCUCGCGUCCUGCCGAAACACAUCCCUAAGAAAAGCACGGAUACUUUGAAACAGUCCGACUUUUGGGAUAUCGGACACGAAUUGGCCCCUACUCCUACCUCAGCAGCAGCAAUGUCGGACAAAGAGGCUUCGUCCAAAGCUUCCCUAAGCCCUCAUCCAAACGGCUCCUCGUCAGCUGGUGACUUAAGCCUUCCGAUUUCGCCCAUUGAUAAGCCACUUCCCCCACCACCACCGAAUGAAGCCAAUGGCGGUGUCAAUCAUCCCCCUCUCCCUGCCAGUCCACUUGUUGUCCCCAAACAGACCAGGACGUCAACCCCUGGUUUUCAACGACCUAGGAAGAAAGUGCAAUGGGGAAAGAAACAGUGCAUCAUUGCAUUACCCCUUGAGGACCGUCGUGGUUCCAGCCAGGGCGGCUUCCAUCUGCUUACACCCACUGAUGUGGCGAGCCGGCUAAAGAAAUGGGAAGAACAGGGAUAUGACGACGGAUCCCAUGUCAAGGGGUUAGAUGCCAUCUCACAGAGCCGGCCAGCAUUCCCAGACCCCCACGAAUCUCAGAGGGAAUGGCGGGAGAACAAAUAUACCAUCAGUUUCCCCGAUCAAUUCGAGUGGGAGGCGUAUGUCAAUUUCCUCAAAGAAGAAAAGUUACGUGCAUUGGGUGUAUUCCUCGACUCGGACCCACCUGCUUCAGCCACCGCUAGUAACACAUUUGGCCUGCCCACGAACGCCUUCUCCGCCCCACUCAGUCAAGCUACACUAGCAGCCUCAACACCUGGCGCAUUUGCGUCACCUGCUACAUCACCAUUUGGCUUACCGAGCAGCUCCUCCUUCCCUGCUCAGCCUGGUCUCAUUGGCACAGAUCAUUCCUUCAAUACCCAAGGGUUCCCCUUCAUUCCCUUCCAGCCCACACCCCCCGCGCAAAGUGCUUUGGCGUCACCGAAUUUCUUCGUCGGGCACCAGGGGGCUGUUUCUCCUGCGGGUUCUGUGGCGAAUAAUUUGGCGAAUAUAAAUAAUAUAAAUUUCUAUGCUGCCGCCUAUUUCGCCCUGUGGCGUCUGAUGAUGCGAAGCAGAUACAUUUGCAGUUCCCUAACACGGCGGCCACAACAACAGGAGAAGCGACAGCGACCGCACGAAGAAGAUCCCAGUCAACUCGUUGCCCCGCGUUCGAAUACCGAAACACCGGCGGAUUCCGAUGCCACAAACUCCCCAUCGUCGGGUCCAGAAAUUGCCCAUCCAACCCCUCGUGGACAUCGCCAUAACGUGAGCGAAACGCUACAGAAGGGUGUGGAGCAGGCGGAGUACCAUCUUGAAGAUGUCAUUAGGCGUCAAUUGGAGGAAGAAGAUAAGAAUGAACACGAUUGCGAGCCUACUGAUGAUUUAAUGAAGUCGCGGUGGGCUGUGGCUGAUGAACCCGUGUUAAAUCUUUCCAAUGUGCCAGCAAAGGUGUUGCCGCAGCAGUUGCUCUUUGGUGGGCAAAACGAUGAUGGCGAAGACGCACCUGUCUUUAACCCGGGCCGCAGCUUCGCCUCAGGUUCUACGGCAGAUGUCCCCAGCAAGACGGCCGUGUCCGGUUCCGACGGUACCCACGCAACAGCAGGCUUCACAGGCGGCAAGAUAUUUGGUGAUUUCGACAUGUCAUCUGUAAUCAUCAAGCCAGCCAAGCUGUCGAAGGCGAUUCCAAUAAUUCGACCGGAUGACAUUAGUAUGAAUAAUACCAAUGUAAAUAAUAAGAAGAAGAAACCUGCAGAAGCUGCGGGGACAGUUGGUCCUCUUGGCCGGGAGAAGCGUGCUAGAAGGGAAGGGAGCGACGGGGACAAGGAGGUUGAGUUUGAGCUUCCGAGUCAUAGUCCAGUUGGUGGGAAUGGAGAUGAUAUGGUGCCGCUUAAUGAUAUUGUUGUGCCUGCGGGUGGAAAAGAAAAUGCGAAUGCUGUGUCCGGGGUAGUUACGGGAGAGCCAGAGGUAGAUCAGAAUAUCGGCACUGAUAGCAAAGACAUCUAUCCUGUCGCUCCUACCACUGCAGAUACCAUGACAACUGUUGAGAGUGUCACUCCCGUUUCAAAGGAUACUCCUGUUAGCCAAACUGCAGAAUGGCGUCCUUUUGAGUUCAAAAACAGAUUUGAGGCUGCCGCUUUCAAUGAUGCGUUCCCUUCUGGUCCUGGGGUUCAUGGCCUCCAAAUGCUAUCGGACUCCAAGGGACAGAACCGGGUUGAGCCUGCGAAUGAGGAUCCUGCUGCAGUUACAGUGGAACGUGCUGAAAUCUCCGUUGACGAGCAAAUCUCCAAGAGCGUGGGUAGUGAAGUUGUUGAUAGCUCAUCUAAGGUGUUGCCCUCGGUACUUAAGCCUACUGCGGAGGCCUUUGAGUUCAAACCUGCAGCUCCGGUCGUUACUCCAGUUCCAGCGCUUGUUAAGCAGAUGCAGCCAUCAUCUGGUCCAAAAAAUAACGUUGGUCUCGAAGGUUCCCGUUAUGCUGUAUCCACGCCGCCUUCAUCUCCACCACCAGCCAAGUACCUCGCAAGUACCAUUCCUCAACACUCUCCUAUGGUUGAUAAUCUCAGAGCUCUGGAAGAGGAGGAGGAAGAGACGUUGCCACUGAGUGAAGUGAUGACUGAGGAUGCGGAGCACGAUUCCCUCAAUGAGGAUGAGAUAGAUGCCGUCAUGAAGCAGCUGAAUGACGAUAACGCAGAUCUUGGUAUUGAGAGAUUCAACACCCCACAGCCUCCAAACCAGGAUAUCUUUGCAGGCCAGUCUACCCAACCGCAGCUGGUUCCCAGCUAUACUGUUCGCAGUAACGCUCCCAGCCCAAGUAUAAAAGGCAGCGAUCGCCCCUUCAGAAAUUUGCCCAGGAUACACUCAGAUCUUGAUGGGAAAUCCCAGCACCUACUAUCGCCAAAGCGAAGCGCUCUUAGUGGCGGUAGUCAAUCCCCUGUACGACAUCUCAAUAACCCCGAGAUCGAACACGUGAGUGAUUGGGACGAUGCUGUUUCCGUUGGCGAGGACGCGAAGCUGCGACAGAGAAGCAUCUUCUUCGAUCGACAUGUGAACGAGAUUGUCGGCAGGAUCCUUGAGAACCGUCUUGAUCCUCUCGAGCAGACGUUAGGCAUCAUCCAGCAAUCGCUUGACGUUCUUGCUUCACGAUCAGUUAGCCAACGCAGGAGUAUCUCGGCUGAAGUUGUUGAACAUAGUGACGCAGAUGAUGAGGAUGAAGGGGAGGACGACACUUUCAUGAAAUAUAGGUCAAGAUCUCCGCUGAAUAGGAGGGAUAGACGUGUGGAUAAAAUCAAGCAAGCUGUCGCUGAAGCGCUGGCAAGCCAGGUUCCGCGUAUCGAAACUAUCCCUCCACCGCCACCGCCUCCGGUCCCUGCUCUGGCUCCCUUGGUUGAUCUUUCGGAAAUCCAAACCGCGCUCGCGGAGAUAAAGACUCUUGCUAUGUCUAAACCGACUGAGCCCGCUCCAGAACCGCUAACCGAUAUUAGGCAAGUCAUUAUCGAUGCCAUUUCCGAACAUCCCCGACUUAAUGCGCCUGUUGAAUCCGUUUCUCAAAUUGAUAACAUGGAGGCGCUCAAGUUCCAAGUUGAAGGAAUGCAGGCAAUGUUACGAGUAGCGGAGGAGCGGGCUGAGAAGGAGUAUCAAACGCGCAAAGAUGCUCAGGAUUCCCUUGCUCAAUGUCAGCGACUUCUUAGAAUUGCAGAGGAAGAUGCAGCCCAGCAUCGUGAAUCAGCUCUAAAGGCGGAAGAAACCCUCAAAGACCUGAGAGAACGGAGACUUCCCGAAACGGAGCGGAUUGAGAGGCAAGCUAAACUUCUCCAGGAACAGCAAGAGAGUUUGCAACUCACUCUCUCGGAGCUGUCUAUGAAAAACAUUACUCUUGAAGAAACUCUGGAUGAGUACAGGGUUUCGGCAGACCACUGGAAGUCGCAGGUUGAGCAUGUUAAAAGUGAGAAUAAGGAUCUGAAACUUACGAUUAACCAUAUGAAGAGGCAGAUCGAGGACAGCAUGGCUGCGCGACAGGGACUUCCGCUUCGGGCAAGUUAUGAGCGUGAAGUGAAGCUGCGAGAAAAACUAGAAAUGGAAAUUGGCGACCUUCAGCAGCAGGAGAAGGAGGCAACCAAACUGCGGUUUAUCUUCGGACAGUCGCAGCAGGAAAAUGCACGGCUCGAGGAGUUGUUGAUGACUCUGAGACAAGAAAAUCACGACUUGCAAAACAAAGCUGCUCGCUUCGAACGCGAAUUUAACGAGGCGCGGGAGAGUAGCCAUGCUGAAAUCAAGAGGACUAGAAAGUCUAUGGAGGCCGACCUUGAUGCGGCUAACAACCAGGUGAACUACGUUCGUGCAGAGCUAGAGUCUCAAAUCAGCAGCCUCCAAAACCAAUUGGAUGGCGUCAGAUUGGACGCCGAUACAGCUAAGGCCAGACACGAGCUGCAACUGGAGGAAGCUACCGAUGCGAAGAGGCUUGCUCUCACGGAAUCUGCUGAAUCGAAGGAGAAUGCACUUCAGGAACAGCGUCUCCUCCACGAACGCGGCCUGAACGAUCUUCGCGAACGCCAUGCGCGAGCAUUACAUAAUGCCUCGGAGGAUCGACAGCGUGGCGAGUCUCACUUGAUGGAGCUACUAGCGCUCCGGGAUGAGAAGAUUGAGCAUCUGGAAGAUAAACUCGUCCUAGUUGAAGAGAAGCUUGAGAUUGCAAAGUCGGCAGCACGCGCGGCGGCGCAAGCGGCACAAAAUGCCAAGACUACCUCCACCCUGCCUCCUAGCCAGCCAACGUCGCCGUCCAUGACGUUCCGCAGAGGCUCCGAGAUCCCCGAGAAGAUCUCACCGCAGGCUCUCCGGGAAUCCAUCAUGGUUUUGCAGGAUCAAUUGCAGCAGCGCGAAGGCCGUAUCGAGGAAUUAGAACAGGAACUCGCAGCCAUUGAUAAAUAUGCGCCUGCGAAAGUAAAAGAGCGCGAGACGGAAAUCAACUGGCUCCGCGAACUCCUCGGUGUCCGCCUGGAUGAUCUGCAGGAUAUCAUCAACACUCUCUCCCAGCCAAGUUUCAACCAGCAAGCUGUCCGCGACGCAGCCAUCCGUCUCAAAGCGAACAUGCAGAUGGAGCAGCAAGAAAAGGAACGCGCCAUGUCCGGCGGCAAUGCAACGUACAGCGCCCCGCCAGGUCCAAUGCCAAUGGGCACUGGUAGCCGGCGUACCUAUUCAGAAAGCCGGCCGCUAAGGCAUUACAAUAACAUUAACAACAGUGGCGGCCGCAACGGCCCACGCAGGCCGUCCGCGCGCAGGGGAGAGAAACUGCCGCAGGAGCUAGAGCUGGAGCUGGAAUUGGAGCUGGAGCCGCCGACGACGCCGCCGCUCCUGCGUCAAUCGAGCUAUGACCAGGAUGCGCAGGCGAGAAACUAUCAUGGUUAUGGUUCGUAUGGCGAUGAUGAAGAUAGUAUGAUUGGCGGGGUUAUUUCGUCUCAGGAUGAGGGGAGGGUGGGUGGUGGGGAUGCGCCGUUUGGGCCGUCUAUAUGA